AUGCAAGAAAUUCGAAAGUAUAGCUUUCCAACAGCGAAGGAAGCGUGUUUGCCAUCAAGUCGAGUAAGCAAAGAGCCUCCCUUUUCAAACACCGGUAUUGACUUUGCAGGCCCUUUAUACGCUACUAACCAUCAAGAAAUGGAUAAAGUAUUUAUCUGUUUGUUCACUUGUGCCUCCACUCGAGCGGUUCAUCUUGAACUUGUUUGUUAUUUGUCUGUGCUAUCGUUUCUGCAAGCUUUCCGAAGGUUUGUCUCACGAAGAGGUUUGCCGUCUAGACUAAUAUCAGACAAUGCCAAGACCUUCAAAAGUGCUUCAAAGGAAGUUGCUAAUAUACUGAGAUCAACUGACAUACAAAGCGAACUGGCUUCUAAGGGUGUCAAUUGGGAAUUUAUCAUUGAAAAGGCACCUUGGCAAGGAGGAUUCUACGAACGAAUGAUACAAAGUACAAAGAGAUGUUUAAAGAAAACUCUCGGUCGAUCCUCAAUGGAUUUUGACGCGCUUGGAACCAUUUUGGUAGAAAUUGAGGCUACCAUUAAUAAUCCUCCACUUACAUACAUCUAUGAUGACCAAAAAGGAAUUUCUUACCCUCUGACUGCAUUUCAAUUAAUUUACCGAUGGCAACAUACUCUUACGGCUAGUGAUCGACAAUUUGAAAUCAUCAGUACGAAUCGAACACUAACCAGAAAGAUGAAAUAUCAGAAACGUUUGUUAGAUCAGUUCAUUAAUGGUUGGAAGUUGUUUUAA